CGAGGAUGAGGCAGGUGGUCGUGUUGGAGCCGGCGGGCAGCGUGCUGGUGAUCAGACAGACCUCGCUGGCUGGUGGCGGCGUUGGUGGAAACGUCAACUCCAAUCCGACGGGUACCAACGACACUCACUUGGUCAAUCACGCAGCCGUCUCCACGAUUGCCUCGAACGACCACAAUCAGAACAGGAUCGUCGUGGUGCGCUCGUCUACCUCAUCCACCUGCAUGACCAGCUCGGCCGACAAUCACGCAUCGACCAAUGGCAAUGGCAACAUCAACGUUAACGCGAACAUCAACGGGAACCUGGUCGGCAUCGGUUGCAAACCGUCACCGAAGGUCGGGGUUGGCGGCGGUGGUUGCAAGAACGAGAGGAACGAUCACCUACGGAACGAGCACAAGAACCAGGACGGGAUCGUCAGCAACGAGACGAACCCAGCCGCUGGAUGUCGUCCAAGGACGAGCAAGGAAGUCGCACACGAGAACGUUGCCUCCGACAGGAAACUCGAUAGCGCGGAUCCCAUCUCCGACGGCGACCCGAUAAAGCUCCCCGAAAAUCUGGAAACCUUGCCGCGAGCUGAACACUUUCCAACUCAGAGGCAUCGAUGGAACACCAACGAGGAAAUUGCCGCGAUCCUGAUUAGUUUUCAGAGGCACGUCGAAUGGCAAAGUCGGGAGGUAAAAGUACGACCACGAAGUGGCUCGAUGUUACUAUACUCGAGGAAGAAAGUACGCUAUCGGCGGGACGGUUAUUGCUGGAAAAAGCGAAAAGAUGGAAAAACUACACGGGAGGAUCAUAUGAAACUGAAGGUUCAGGGUGUCGAGUGCAUUUACGGUUGUUACGUGCACUCGGCGAUCCUACCGACGUUUCACCGCCGGUGCUACUGGCUACUGCAGAAUCCGGACGUUGUUCUCGUCCACUAUCUAAACGUUCCUUAUCCGGACGGUGAUGCGAAGCUAGCGGCUUUGCCACCCUGUCUCGCACUACCGCCAGACAAGAAGGAGUGGACGCGAGACGAGCUAGCGUCACAAUUAAGGCCCAUGUUCCUCGGCGGGGAUGACGAUCCAAAUAAUCCUCAUCUCACGCAGCACUCGAACCAUCCGGUCGACAUGAUAGUCUCUCAGCUACUCGAUAGGCAGAGGGCAUCCACCACUUCCUCCACCAGCGGCACCCAACUUGCGCCUAGGAGACUCACGCCCGACAAUCAGGUCUCUUCGACCACGGGAGGUCAGCAACCGUCAACGACAGCAGCACCAGCACCUCGCGUGUACUCAAGACAUUCCCAUUCCACUCAGAAUCAGCAGCCGGCUCCUCUAGUUUUAAGUUUGCAACAGAUUCAAGGCGGUGGUGGUCUUCUGAUACUCAACAGUCAACCAUAUCAUCAUCAGCAGCAGCAGCAACAGCAGCAGCAACAACAGUCGCAGCAGCAGCAACAACAACAGCAAUCGCAACAGCAGCAACAAUCGCAACAGCAGCAGCAGCAGCAACAACAGAGUCAGCAGGUAGAAAUGCAACAGGUCGCAGAACAACAAAUUGUGCCGCAAAACAACGUCGAUCGAGAGCAACAAACGCAACAGGAAAUCGACGCGCAAGAGAACAUGGACAGAUCCGCCGUGCAGCCAUUACCGAUUGGCAGUUCCGGUUCUGAGGUGACCGAUUUCGCUGAGACGCUGGAUCUGAGUCAGGAGGACAUUCAGAGAACAUUGUCGGCCAACAUGGUGCCGCCAUCGCCAUCGCCCUCACCAGCAGACAACAAUAUGAUCAAUCCGAUGGACUUCAUCGACUCGUCGGACGAUGUGCUGGUAAAUCUGGACGCGUUCGACGUGUUCGGCGAUUUGCCAGAGCUGCACGACUUUGAGGCCGAUCAGACGAAACAUGAGGAACAGCGUGGUCCUGAGAACGACGUCGGAUGUCAUCCUGGUACAACCGUCCAUAUUGCAGAAUAUAGUCCUGAAUGGAGUUACACCGAGGGUGGUGUAAAGGUAUUAGUUGCUGGUCCAUGGACUGGCGGUAGCGGUUCCCAAUCAUAUUCGGUACUUUUCGACGCGGAACCAGUAGAAGCGUGCCUCGUGCAACCAGGUGUACUGCGUUGUCGAUGUCCGCGCACGCACCCAAUAGCGUCCCUUCAGGUGGCUUGCGACGGUUUUGUCGUGUCCGAUAGCGUUGCGUUCGAAUAUCGUAGAGCACCCACGAGCGAACAGCCAGAAAAAGCUCUACUGGACCGUCUUGCGGACGUCGAGGCUCGUCUGCAGGGGCCCGGUCCCCCUUCACCUGCAGCUCAUCUGGAAGAGCGACUGGUUGCUUAUUGCCAGGAUGCUGUUGUCCGUCCUUGGCGAGCUGGAGCGGAACCUCUUCAAUCCGGUGGGCCUACCCUCCUGCACUUGGCAGCCGGAUUGGGAUACUCCAGGUUAGCCUGUGCACUCCUUCACUGGAGAGCGGAAAAUCCUAGUAGCGUUUUGGAUGCCGAGGUUGAUGCUCUUAGACAAGAUAGUGCUGGCCUUACGCCACUCGCUUGGGCUUGCGCGGCAGGGCAUGCCGACACCGCCAGGAUUCUUUACAGAUGGAACGCUAUGGCGCUUCGUGUGAGGGACUGUCGGAAUAGAACAGCGACCGAGCUGGCCGCGGAGAACGGCCACACGACAAUCGCCGAAGAACUGAAUCAGUUUGAAGCUCGAAGGCAAGACGAGAGGCUUUUCUUGCGACCCGCCAGCCCUAGCCCUAGGAGGCCCUCUCAAGACAGCGGUCUCGAUCUGGCGUUGUGUGGCUCGCCGCUACUGGACAACAUGGAAUUGUUGCAAGAGGAUGAGUCAUCAUUAGGCCUCAGCGAACAGGGAAUGGAGAGCGCUCCGACCCCUCAGGAGACCGUAGGGGAAGAAGACGUGAGGGUGCUGACAUUGGCAGAGCAAAUUAUAGCGGCGCUACCGGAAAGGAUCAAGAGGGCGGGGGGUGAUUCUCCGUCUUCUUCCUCAUCACCACCCGCGGCACCCCUAUCACCCUUGGAAGACGCUCUGAUGGAACAAAUGCCCCUCGACUCUGGAGAACUGUUCGACUCAUAUCGCGACUGUGGCGGCGGCGCCGCGUCGAUCUCAGACGCCGACGCCGACGCCAGUCCCUCCAGUCCAUCGAGUAGCUGCCUGACGCCGGACUCGCCGUCUCCGCCGCCCACCACAGCUGACUUUUGCGAGUUCCUGCAGCUGCAGCUGCAACUUGACAGCAACGGCAACGCACGCAAUGGCCAAUACUAUCCAUCAAACUGCGGCGAGCGGAAGCUGAACGGUAUGCUCGGUUCUGGCGCCAUAACGGUGACCGGAAAUGGUGACAGCGAGGCGGACCUGAGCAGGUUGACGCUCUCUGACCGUGAGCAAAGAGAGCUCUAUCACGCCGCCCGGAUGAUCCAAAAGGCAUACAGGAGCUACAAGGGUCGUCAGAGACAAGAGGAAGCCGAGAGGCACGCCGCCGUUCUGAUCCAACAGUACUAUCGCCGUCACAAGCAGUACGCUUAUCACAGACAAGCCACGAAGGCGGCCCUGGUGAUCCAGAACAACUAUCGAAAUUAUCGCUCGCGACCGGGCACGGCCAGCGCCAGGCAGCAGGCGGUCCAUCAGCAAGCGGCUCAUCAGGCCGCGCGGAAGAUCCAGCAGUUCAUGCGGCAGUCCAAGAUCAAACUGCAGAACGCCAGGGCCGUCGCAAACGGGAACGGGAGGCAGCCAGCAGUCAUUUCACGGGCGGCUGCUGUCCCCCAAAGCUCGCCCUCAUCUAGCCCAGGGGCCAGCCUAGCAGCCGCCAGCCCGGAGGUCACCUAGCCAAUCAUCAAUCCAACAACGCGCAGAAUAAUAAUUCGACAGCAAAGUGACAUGGCCAAUAGCGAGAGCGAUGGUGAACGCAUCCCGGAUCGGCCGUCGCAACACUGCGAAGGGAGUAUACCAUCCUCACGCGACCCCGAGGUCAUCAGCACGACAACGACGACGACAGACACAGCAAUAACUACGGGAGGGUACCAGACGUACGACACGCUUUGUUCGCUGCGUCUCUAAUUUGCGUACUCGCGGUUGCUGCUCCCUACCUGAAGUCUUGUCUCAUAAUUUCGAGCUCCCCUGCUCCCACAUGACGAUGAGUUUAACACGCUCGGGCGUAGUUUCAUCCCUCAGACCAUCUCGCUUGACUUUCGUUUCGCUUGUACUUCAUUCGCUGCUACCGCAUUCGCUGCAUCCUCCUUCGAAUGAGCGUCGCCGAUCGUAGAUGGGUUUGCUGAAGAUUCGCGCAAGGUCGAUCGAUAGACUCGAAAGGCUUUUCGCAAAGUACACCUUUCGCAUUAGCGUGUAAAGUACAUCUAGCGAGUCCGUAUUCCCAGGAGAAGCGCGGAUCCGUUUCGUCCGGCACGUAUGUACGUCGAUUCCUUGCGACGGUAUCGAAGUUGGGUGAUGAGCGACACUUGAUUGAAUCCAUUACGCGUGCAUCGAGCUGAAUCGCACAAAAUUGCUGUCUCUUUCGUAGGUUCUAAUAACUCGCGAAUUUGUCGAGUUCUACCGAUCUGCGUAGAUCUUUUAGAAACGAUAUAUUUCUGCAUUACAAAGUGAGAUAGGUGUAAUCAUGUUUCUUCUCUGAUGAACGUUAACCGACAAAUUCAAAGCUUUUUUCGGAAAAUACUGCAAACUGCAUGUCUUGAUGUCUACAGCUCUGAAAGUGAUAACGAGUUAAAUGCUCAUUCUAUGUUGCCAUCCAUUAAAUCCAUACGAAAGUUAGAUCAAUAUAUAAACUUCGAUACCGUAAUUUUUCAUUUAAGAAUAACAUUCUGAAAAUCUGAAAAGUUAAAGCUUUCUUUGCCUGACGUAUCUCAUUGACUGGUAUCAUUAGCAUCGUACUGCUCGUAGCUUUACUUUCUUAUGCCGAUACAUAUUUAUAAAUACUUAUAUAUUACUACAUCUAUUUUUUGACAUGGCGAUAGCUACCGAUCACACGCACCAUGUACAAUAAUUUUGCUUGACAAGUAGAAAACAAUUAGUAUUUCUUAUUCUUCUUUAUUAUUGCGUUUACGAAUUUUUGUUGUUUAUCAUAAUCAACGUAGGCAAAGCUGUGGCUAGGAUCAUAUCGAUAGAGAACAGAGUUGGGAAAGAAAAAGAGAAUGAAGACGCAGCCUCGAGCAAGAGAAGCUUAUCUUAAAUUUAUACUCGUGAAUUUCGUAUCCGAGCUUUAUGUACUCCGGACUUGCUCCAUAUUUUUAUUCACGUGUUGGACUUCGGAGCUGACAUUAAUGGAUGUGUAUUAAGCAAACAUGGAGCGACGUUAGAUCGACUCUAUACAUUAAGAUGAAACUCAAAGGUACCAAGCGUGAAGGUGGAAGUCCAAAUAUUCGAUCGGUUCAUAUUUGAAGUAUUGACGUUCAUAAUUAGAGCAAUUAAAGUUCUUGAUUUCCUAUCGGUAUUAUCGUCUGUGUCCAUUUUCUAUAUUUUUACGAGAGGCAUAGUAGUUAAAUUUAAGUGAUUCGCGAAGCUGGACACGCACUCCUAUCAUUCACGGUAGGACCGUGAUAGAACGCAGCGUCGAGAAUCUAUUGUACAUAUUCAUUAGAUGUGAGAACGUUGACGUGGCAAGAAACUGGUCUCUUCCGUACAUGAAAUUCGUUUUGCUUGAGAAACAAAAAAUUAACGACAAAGACUACACUUUGAUUUUAGAGAAUUUUAGAGAAAGAGCAAGAGAAAGAGGGAGGGAGAGAGAGAGAGAGAGCAACAGAGAGAAAGAGAAAGAGGAAGCGAGGAAAAGGCAGAGCGAGAAGAGAGGCAGUGAAGGAGGUAGCUAUUAGAUGCAAAAAGAGGAAGGAUGACAGAAUUAAGAAAAGAAAAAAAAGAGAAAAAAAAGAAACAAGGCCCUUCGUCCAAAGGGUGCAACUUCAUCCACGGGCUGUGCUAGUCACAGUAUAAUCAACUUCGUAGAGACUACUUCCUAGGACGUAAGCUAAUCGAUUACGCAUUGUUACAAAAAAACUACCUACCGUUUCUCUCUCCGAUAGGGGAUUUUUUUAAAGGUUCUCUAGCGUAAACUAAGUAGCGGUUAAAUUAAUAAGGGCGUAGCUGAUUGCGGACGCGCGAUCGCGCGAAAGGGCGGCGCGUGAACCCGCCGAGGGUUGUCCCGCGUUCAAGUCUUGAUCGAAGAGGACAAACGUCUAUUGUGAUAAAUUAAUGGUGAUCCAAGAAAGUAUUUCCGCGCGCAAUGGGACACGAGGAGACCGCGAGGAGAGGUAGAUCCACGUGCGUCUCCGACGUACGUCUCUCCGCGCACGCGGAAGACGCGCGCGAGAACUCUCGCCGUGAUAGAUCGGAAAUGGAGACGAGACGGAUACAGACGGACGGACAGACGGAGAUUCGAGGAUGGCUGAAUAGUGGCGAGUCCGAACUGGAGUCACGCGGGAUCUGUCGGGAUAGUUACGCGUCGAUACCGCGUGUCUCGUGACGGUAAGGGUAUAUUGCCGGAUCCGUAUUGCCGAAUUUCUUCGGGUGACCCAUAUCGAGCCUCCCCCCUCCCGGGGUGAGUUUCGCAAAGUUUCGCAUACCACACAUACGGAGCGGAGGUUGUGAGAUCUAAUAGAGCGACGAUAAUUGCGCGAAGUGCAAAGGUGUGUGUGUGUGUGGGAUAUUACUACAAUAUACAAUAUAUUGUACACAUGAGUCAAUUCCAACGAGCAUUUUCAUGCCAUUAAGCUUAAAGAGUUAUUAGUUAUUAAAAUGAGGCGAGAGACGUGCGCGGGAAGAGCAAGAGGUGGGCGGCGGGAAAAUGAAGGAAAGAAGAGAAUGACAAAUUCUUACACUCUUUUAAUCAUUGUUAAUUAAUUAAAGUAAUCACGAUCUUAUCGAAAUACUUAAAAUGAGUAAAAUAAUAAUAAUUAUAUACACAAAACUAUUAUUAUAUAUAUUCAUAUUUUUGCUUAUUACAUACUUAAGAAUCUAAUUAAACGAGAGCUAGCGAUUACAUAAACGUAGCGGAGGCACGUGUGUGCUGACGAUGACGAUGAUGGUGACGAUGAAGAACAAAGUCUCGAGUUUCAAAGGGACACUUCUAGUCUGUCGCGCUGCAACUUGUCGUCACGCGUGGUAUAAUUAGGGCUACUGAAGUGGAAAACGCAAGAGGGAAAGAUUCCCAACGAUAUGGCGCGCGCGGUCUCGGCGAAAGACAGAGCUCAAGGUGCAAUCGCGCGCACCGAGAGUGAGAUGCACUGUCGCUUUUCCGGGGGAUUUCAGCAAGACAAGUCGGAUACAGUAUUUUUUACCCGCAGAACGGCGAACAGGGGAGUAGCCGACACCGCGCGAGUGCAAAGUUUCGCCGUUGUUUCGCAUAAUCAACAACAUGUACCGAGGGCAAGUUAGGCGAGAUUAUUUGUUAAAUCGAGACUCGAGAAACAGAUGAAUGGAAGAAGGAAGGAAGGGAGAAAAGCCGCUGAAAAAUAAUCUUAAUUAAAAAGACAUCGCUAGGGUAGGCGCUUCGAAGAAUACAUAAACUUUAAAAAGUCAUUUAAUACAAAUUAUUCUCAAAAUAUAAAGAAGUUUAAUAAGUAAUGGAGGAAAAUUUUUAAAUUCUACGUAAGAAAGCCAAGAGUCAAAGACGACUAGAUGAUAGGAGCCGCAUGGCCUAACUGCUGCCACUUUAAUUAAUUAAAUAAUUAUAACUUUAUUACUUAAUUACUCUCGAGAGAUACAACAGAUGGAAAA